UUUUAUCAGCCUGCAAGUUUCUCCUUUUUCUUCCAUUCCUUUCCUGCUUCUUGAGGGCAUGGGGCUCUUCCUAGCCCUGUGACAUAGUGUAGGUAGUGCUUGUGCUCAACGUACUGUUGGACUGAUUUUAUGUCACGCGAUAAACCCUCCAGGAGUCAGGUUUGUAAGAGGACUAGGAAAAGCCUUCUGGGAAAGGUAAUGCUUGAGUUAGGACUUAAGAAGGGAUAUCAGAUAGAAAGAGGUACAGUAUCAGAAAAGUACGGUGCCUUUGGAGAAUGCGCAUAGCUUUGGACAGCGCACAGAGGGUUAGAGGUGAAGCUGGAGAACAGGCAAAGGCCCGCCCAUGGCUGACCUGAAUGACAGCUGGGGAGACUGGAUUUUAUCUUGAGGAUAAUGGAAGAGCCAUGUAUGGAGGCAACAGCUCCAGGCCUACGUGGCCUGGGUGAACGCACAGCUGAAGAAGAGGCCCGCGGUGCAGCCUGUGCAGGAUCUGCGGCAGGAUCUCCGGGAUGGGGUGAUCCUGGCAUAUCUCAUCGAGAUUGUUGCAGGAGAGAAGCUGAGUGGGGUACAGUUGAGCCCCAGUAACCAGCAGGAGAUGAAGAGUAAUGUGGAGAAGGUACUACAGUUUGUGGCCUCCAAAAAGAUCCGUAUGCACCAGACUUCGGCUAAAGAUAUUGUGGAAGGAAACCUGAAGUCCAUCAUGAGGCUGGUUCUUGCCUUGGCAGCUCAUUUCAAACCUGGCUCCAACAGGACGGUGAGCCAUGGACGAGAUUCCAGAACCCCACUGCAAAGUCACCAACCACACUGCGCCACGGCUGUGGCCCAGGGAGCCGCUGCUGCUCUGGCCGACGUGUGCCAUGACAUGUCUCGGUCCGGACGGGACGUCUUUCGAUACAGACAGAGGAACAGCAGCCUGGACGAGGAGAUCGAGAAUCCAUACUGGAGCGUGCGGGCGCUGGUGCAGCAGUAUGAAGGACAGCAGAGGUCCCCAUCCGAGUCCAGCUGCUCCAGCCUGACUUCACCCAGCCCCAUCCACAGUGCAAAGAGUGAAUCCAUUAUAACCCAGUCGGAGGAGAGGGCCGAGCUUGCGAUCAUUCCCUCCGAAGGAAUAGAGAACAGAACAGAGGAGCCAGGCUCGCCCUUAUGCCGAGACUGGCGGCCAGGGAGCCCUGCUGCCUAUCUGGAAACCUCAUGGGAAGAACAGCUGUUGGAACAACAAGAGCAUUUGGAGAAAGAAAUGGAGGAAGCAAAGAAAAUGAUAUCAGGACUACAGGCCUUACUGCUCAAUGGAUCCUUACCUGAAGAUGAACAGGAGAGGCCCUUGGCCCUCUGUGAGCCAGGCGUCAAUCCGGAGGAACAGCUGGUUAUAAUCCAGAGCCGUUUGGAUCAGAGUAUGGAGGAGAAUCAGGACCUAAAGAAAGAGCUGCUGAAAUGUAAACAAGAAGCCAGAAAUUUACAGGGGAUAAAGGAUGCCUUGCAGCAGAGACUGGCUCAGCAGGACACAUCUGUUCUUCAGCUCAAACAAGAACUCCUGAGGGCAAAUAUGGACAGAGAUGAGCUGCAGAACCAGAAUGUGGACCUCCAGAGGAAGCUAGACGAGAGGAACCGACUCUUAGGAGAGUACAAAAAAGAGCUAGGGCAGAAGGAUCGCCUCCUUCAGCAGCACCAGGCCAAGUUGGAAGAAGCACUCCGGAAACUCUCGGAUGCCAGUUACCAGCAGGUGGAUCUAGAACGGGAGCUAGAACACAAAGAUGUCCUUCUGGCUCACUGUAUGAAAAGAGAGCCAGAUGAGGUGACCAGCUACAACAGCCAUAACACUCAGAGCAAUGGUUUUCUCCUUCCAGUGGCCGGGAAAGGAGCCGCCUCCAUCGCCCACAGAGGGACCAGCGACCUGCAGCUCGUCCGAGAUGCUCUCCGCAGCCUGCGCAACAGCUUCAGUGGCCAUGACCCUCAGCACCAUACAAUCGACAGCCUGGAGCAGGGCAUCUCCAGCCUCAUGGAGCGCCUGCAUGUCAUGGAGACGCAGAAGAAACAAGAAAGAAAGGUUCGUGUCAAAUCACCCAGAACUCAAGCAGGUAAUGAAUACCGGGAGUCCUGGCCCCCUAAUUCAAAGUUGCCUCACUCACAGAGCUCUCCAGCUCUCAGCAGCAUGUGCACUAAAGUGCUCUAUUUCACCGACCGGUCACUUACGCCCUUCAUGGUCAAUAUACCAAAGAGGUUGGGAGAGGUAACCCUGAAGGAUUUUAAAGCAGCUAUUGAUCGUGAAGGGAAUCACCGGUAUCAUUUCAAAGCCCUGGAUCCUGAGUUUGGCACAGUCAAAGAGGAGGUUUUCCAUGAUGAUGAUGCCAUUCCUGGAUGGGAAGGGAAAAUUGUAGCCUGGGUAGAGGAAGACCAUGGAGAAAACUGAUGCUAGGCAUUGGAACCUGGACACUCUCUGGCUGCCUUCACUCAGGAAAGGACUAAAUCCAGACACACACACUAAGAAGUUUCUAAUUCGUGCUGCCAAAACAGAAGCUUCCGCUGGUGUAUUGAUCACAGGCCAGUCCCUCUGUGUGCCUGGCACAUCUGGAGUUCAUCUGGAGUUCCUUGUCCAUGGGAAGGAACAGAAUUUUAUUCUACUCUGAGGACAACAAACCGAAGGCCUUAACCAGUGGUGAUGAAUGAUCCCACUGCCGCGGGGGCCUGGCUGCUGUUCUCUGGAAUCCGGGAAUUGAAUGCUUCACUCCUGAGAGUUCUAGUAUCGAUCAGCCUCAGUGGUUGCAGUAGUCAGAGUCCCAGCAUUUGUGCUUACAGACAAGGCAAAGGUACCAACUUUUCUGCUUCUUGGAAGACACUGUAAACCAGGACUAACUCAGAAAUGGUACCAAAGAUGGAAGCCCACUCUACACUAAGCUUUGAACGUGGAUGGUGCUGAGUCAUCGAUUGGAUAGAAAAGGGCUGCCCCUAUCUGCUAAACGAUACUAAAAACAUCAUUGAGAACCUGGGAUGACUCUUCUGGUCUUAACUGGUUCUGCAGCUUGUCCUUCAGCCCACAGAGGGCGUAUUUCAUGUACUGCUAGUUUUCUCUGGGGACUCUUCAGUUAUAGAGCCAUUUACUUCCCUUGGAACUGAUGAACUUGGAGUGAAAGGCUCCUUAAAAAUCCAGGCGGGUAUGGAAAGGUGCUGCUACCCAUAUCUUGUUGACUUUGUCUCAUGACUUUGUUUAACUCAUGGUAUCACCUUUGCAGUUGAAAGGAGACAGACCAUUAAUCUUAGUGUUUCUUUGUGACUUACGAGUACUAAGCAUGACUUACUGGUCUGUCCCUCAUUUCAAGACUGGAGUUAUUUUCUAUAAAUUUUAUCUAGGUUGAUCCUUUAGGGCACAAUAGAAACCAUGGGGGCAUGGAGCAUGAGUUGUGAAUGGCAGGGUUGAUUCAGGGUGAAAAAAAGCCUAAAAUCAUUUCUCAUGUGCAACAUAGUCAAAUGUAAACGCUUAAUGUAUUCAACUCCCAGAGAUUAUUUAAUAACUUGGAUUAUUCUCAUUCCUCCAACCAGCAACCACCAACUAAUCAGUGAAUUUAUGCAUACAUACAUAAGAGAUAUAU